UCCAGGGUAUAAUUGGCCAUGUUUUACUACUUUUGAUUUUCACUCCACAUUUUACCUUUAAAAACUAUUUACUUUGCCUUGUUUGUUUUCACAACUGCAGCUUUUAGAAUAUUAAACGAGUGUUUCAAGUAUCAAUGAAUGAUGUGCCAGACUCAUGGCACAUUCAAAAGUCAGUCAAAUACGUAAAAACCAAUCAAGCAUCCAUUGUUAUAUGAAGAGACCUCUGUUUCUUUUUGUUUAUUUAUAUUGUUACUUUAUUAUUUGAUUUUAUUUAAGUCCAUUCAUUAUGUUUGUAUUUGUUAUUUAAUUGAGUUAAUGUUCGUUUGAAUACAUGUUUUCAGUCAUUUUCCGCACUUACUUAUUUAUUUUUCCAUGAUACAGGUGUACUGUCCAGUUUUCGGCUAAUAAUUAAAAUUUUAAUGUGCUGUGUUUACUUUGUUUCUCAGAGCCGUUUCUUCUUCUUCGUAUUUUGAUUUUGAGGGUGAGUUUUUUCAGCAUCCUGUCUGGAGCGGAGGCCGGAAGUUCGGUUGUUUGUUGUCAGCAACAGUUGCUGUGUUUGAACAUUUUCUUUUUUCUGUCGUAGUUUCUGUAGGGUUUUUUUUCCUGGCGUCUCGUUGGGGUGUAAAUUAUUUUAACUCUCUCCCCGCGCCCCCGCGGCGCUGACCGCCGCCUCCCUCCGAUCUUUACACGGCCAGCGGCGGGUUUUAGAGCCGGAGCGGGAAGUUUGAACGAAGUUAGCCUCCAUGCUAACAGUGCAGCUUUGUUAACACUCUGUACGUAAACAGCGUCAUGUCUGCUCCGGCUGCACUCAGUCCGGAUCAGUCCUCCUGCAGCUCGGACACCGGGGACGUUUUAAUCCGCUCCACCCGAGUCCUCCACCCGGACCGGACCGGUCCCGGAGGCGGACCGGGACCCGGAACCGUCCAGAUAACCGUCCGAAAACUGCGGGACCUUCCUCCUCCUCCUCCUCUGACCGAACCGAGACAGAAUAAGCAGCGGCGGCGGAGUCCCAGAGAGAACCCGGAUAUCGCUGCUCUACAUCGGUCAGCAGCGUACUUAAAGCCCCAUAAGAUCUCCGGAGGAGGAGACCGAAAACUCGCUGAGGCGAUGGACACAGGUGACGACGUCCUGACAUCACGCUUUGCGUCUGGGGGUCGGGGAGUCGUGCUGGCGGCUUUGAAGCAGCGCUCUCACAGCGCCCCCUGCAGGAGGGAGGUCAGAGUUCACUUCUUGGACCCGAUGCUGCUCCACUCUGUGGGAAACCUCCCAGAUGCCCCUGCUCUGAGCUCCCGGGAUGCAGCGAAGGAUGCUGGGGUCCAGAUGGAGACGCCGCUGUCCUCUGGUCACCUGGGAGAUGCCAGCAGCACAGCCGCCGCCGCUGCAGCUGCAGCUUUGGCAGCUGCUGCUCCUCUCUUCAAGGCUCAGUCUGAUAUGGAGGCUCGAGUGACUCAGCUGGCUGACGGCAUCCAGAAGCUGCUGCAAGCUGACAGGGAGGGUGGGGACAGAGGGCGGAGCCUGAGCCAUCAGACACUGCAGCACCUGGAGAUGCUGCAGAGCCAGCAGGUGCAGCUGCAGAGCCAGCUGCUGGAAUCAGCCCUCAGGAUAGCGAGCGGCCAUGCUUCAGACCCGCCGAUGCACCUGCAGGUCACACACCUGGAUGCUGCAGCAGCAAACAGCCUCGGCGCCCAGCCACCGAGCUCCUCGCCAAACGUAGCUCUCCCUGCUGCCCCAGUUACCAUGGAAACGCAUCGCCUUGACCGACGGGGAGAUCAAACCAGAGAUGCUCACAUGGCUGAAAGGUCUCAGCUCCAGUCUUUAGCCAAUCACAGCUGGGAGGCAGCGAGGAGAGCCAAUGACGUACUGCAGGAGAUGAAGCGUCUGAAGACUGAGAUGAAGAUGCUGCUGACGCAGCCAGAAGACCCUCUGAAAACCAGCAGACCUGCAUCGGAGCACCAGCAAUCCCAACAAACCCAGUCCCAACAAACCCAGUCCCAACAAAACCAGUCCCAAAAAACCACCUCAAAGGAAACUCGCUCGAGCUCCCAAUCUUCCCACCUCCAACUAAACUUAUCCCAUGAAAACAGCUUACACUCCCAGCAAAACCAGUCCAGACUACCUCAGCCCCAUAAAACCACUGAUGGAGAACAUAACCUCAGGUCACAGCAGUCCCGGUCUGUGCUGGUCCAGAGGAGGUCCACGGUCCCGUCCCUGGUGGAGGAGGCAGGUCAGGUUCUCCGUCAGGUUCGAAAGCAGAAGAAAGUUUUGGAGGAGAACCUGGAGGCUCUGCUCCGAGCCCGAACCGGAGAGGUCCUGCACUGCCAGCUGGAGGCGCUAGCUGCUAACAGACACCACAGCGAGGACGUCCGCAUCAAGAAGACAGUGGACGCCUGGAUCAGCAGGUUAAGCAGAGACAUCCAGGGAGAGAUGUCCUCGGGGAACAUCAGCAGCCAUCACUCAGCUGUGGACGCUGAUAGCUCUGCCCACACGGGGAGGGAGAGGACAGUGGGCGUGCUCAAAGGGACAGGAAGUAUGAGGGCAGCGAGGAGAGGAAGCAGAGGGCAGAGAGCCGGAAUCAGAGCGGGGGUGGAGCCUAACCGAGCCACAGGUGUAGCAGCGGAGCGUCAUCAGUUGGAAGUGGAUGGAGAGUCGUACCUGACCCGGCUGUAUGGCCGGGCACCGUAUGAAGGUCUGAGACGAACCCUGAAGAAGAGUCCGUACCUUCGCCUCAGCUCACCUGCCUCACCAGUCGGAAGGAAGCCCCGCCCCCGACUAGUGGAGAGUGUCCGAGGUGUGAAGCUGAAGUCCUCCAAGACUCAGACCAGCCUGGCCCCGCCCCUCACUCAGGCCCAACCAAUCAUUUUAGCCCCUCCCUUUGCUUCCUCCUCAUCUGGACGAGCUCACAUUUUCAGCUCAUCACACCUGACCUCAGGUCACCUUGAUGACCUCAGCAUGACCCCUACAAACAGCUGCCCUGUCGCCAUAGCGAUCCCACUGGGUCCACCCCGGAUGGACUCCAGGUGUGAGCAUCCUCAGGAAGUGACAUCAGCGCUCGCUGCCCCUCCAGCAGCCUCUGUGGGCGAUGAAGCACCUGACCAGCAGCACCUGGAGGCAGAAGAAGCUCCUCCCCCUCCCCGUCCUCCAUCACACACGAUUGACAUCAUCGAAGGGAACGAGGAAGAAGUGGAAGAGGACGACGUCUUCCCUGGAACUGACUUCCUGUCUGUUGUUGAUGUUGUGCAGCAGGAGGUCAGCGUGCCAGGUGAGGAGGCCGUGGAGCUGGACGGGGGUCCGUCUCCCCCUCCGGUCCUCUACCAGGGUCCCGUCUUCCCUCCCCGGGUUCCCUCUGCCCUCCCAGCCCAGGAUCAGGUCCCCGCCCUGGGCACGGCUCUGCAGCGGGACGCCCUGGAGAGCCGGCUGGUGGAAUGGGUGGAGCAGCAGCUGAUGUCCAGGAUGAUCUCAGAGCUGUACCGGCCCCCACCCUCUGAUCCCGCCCACAAUAGUGACGUGGACCAGUCAGAUCCUGAGGAACGCAGCGUCACCUCAGACAUUGUGGAGGCAGCAGGAGACGCAGGCCUGCAGCUGUUCGUGGAUGCCGGCGUGCCCGUGGACUCGGAGUUAAUCCGGCAACUGGUGAACGAGGUUCUGGCUGAGACUAUCGCCCUGAUGCUGGGCCAGAGAGACCCGCUGGGCGCAGGACCAGACCCGGGACUGGAACCAGCAGGACCAGCAGCCCCUCAGGAGAACAAACCGCUCCCAUUGGUUCCCACACCGGAACCGACCCCACCGCCCAGUCCGGCCCCGCCCAGCAGAGAGACCACAGCGGUAACCACACCCCCUCCAUCAGAACCAACAAGCCCGCUGAAUAAGGAGCCUCCUCAACCAAUCGCACCACCAGAGCUCGUAGCCACACCCACUCUCAGCCCAGAGCCCACCCCCUCUGCAGAAAGCCCAUUUACUGUACACCAAGCCCCGCCUCCCUUCACCUGGGAAGAAACUGAGCUUCCAUUGGACGAGGAGAGACUGGUGGAAGACAUAACCACACACAAACCACCUCUGCUGAUGUCAGUAGCGGAGGAGGAACCUCCUCUCGCUUCUCCUCACCCUCCUCCUCCUCCCUCCCUCCCCCCUGCUCACUCCCCGUCUCCUCCACCUGAGGCAGGGCCGGCGUCCCCCCCCACCUCCUCCGAGGAGUCCAGCAGCUCCAGCACGGUGACGGCCGGCACUGAAGCAGCUCUGAAACACAUUUCAGAGGGAGAGCUGCUCAUCAGUGCCAACCAGCUCACAGCCAUGACAGGGGGCGGGGCUGUGUGCAGCUUCAACAGCUCUCUGCAGGAGCUGCAGGAUAUGGACUUUGACCCCCCCAGUGAAGGACAGGUGAAAGGUUGCGACCUCCUGCGGGCCCUGCUGACCAAAAUGGAGCAGGGAGUCACACAGAGAGGAGAGAGGCCUCAGCCCGAGGGCUCCUGGGGGAGGGCGGACGGGAAAGUAAGCUCCACCCACAACGGUCAGACCAGCUCACCUGGACAGAUCAGCCAGGCUGCAGAUGUGUCAGAGGUCAGCUUUGAAGCCACCAAUCAGGGCUCGUUUACUUUGGGCGACCUGACGGGGGAGCUAAUGGGUACACUGACCUCUGACCUCCACACAGAGCUGUCACUGUCUCCUCCUCCACACCUGGAGAACACACACACUCCAGGACAGGUGCUGCUGGUCAGGAAGUCCAGCAGUCACACAGCUCGACAGCAGGAGGAGGAGGGAGGAAGCAGGAAGAUGGGCGUCCACCUGCCCCCCAUAAGACCUCCGGAGGAGGAGGAGGUGAUGGAGGCGUCGGUCAGUGCGGCGGCAGACUCAGAUUCCUCCACCAGCGAUGUUUUUUAAAAAGAAUAUUUUUAUAUUUUAACUCAUUUCAAAUAAAUAAAGUCUGAUGGAAACCAAA